AUGGCGGCUGUGUUGAAAAAAAGAGCACUUGCUGAAUAUAGUCAAGUAAUACAGGAGCCCCCAAAACCCUUGAAGAAAUUGAGGCUUGUUAAGAAAGUUGUUACAAGUGGUUCAGCUUCAGCUUAUGUUGGUCUUUUGGAAAAAAGCAAAAGCAGCAAUGAUGCUUUACAAAUUUUAUUGCGAAUAUCUGAUUCAAUGAAAUUUCAGGAGGAAGAAUUGACGGAUGCUAUUAGGAAAUUAUCAGAUCAUUUUCAACAAGAAUCAGAAUCAGCUGUGCGAGCUAAAAUUUUGUGUUUGUUUGGGGACAUGGGAAGAGAAGCAAGUGUAGACUUACAAGUUAUAAUUGAUGAAAUUGUGCAAUUACUUAAAAAAGAAACUUCACACAAAGUAUUGGCCCAAGGAAUUUCUGCCCUUCUACGUCUGGGAUGUUUGUGGUCUGACAAUUUAAGCUUACAUCAACGACUUGUUCUUGUGGCAAAACAGUAUUUAAGUGAUACUAGUCAUUUAGUAAAAUGUAAAUGCUUAGAGCUGAUUGGUGAGCUGCAGCCAUUAGGGGGAACAGGAGAAACAGGAGCUCAAGCUGUCUUACGACUGAUAGGUGAUUAUAGUCACAGUGAAGAAGCUAGAGUUCGCAGUGCUGCUUUUCGAACAAUGAUUACUUUACAUCAGAGAGGUUUACGCCUGGAUCCCACCCUCUAUUCUGAAGUGUGCUUGGCACUGAAAGAUGAUUAUGAAAUAGUGCGGCAAGCUGCCCUACAGUUAGUAUGGAUACUUGGGCAGUCAUACCCAGAACAUUUGGUGCAAGUUCCUGAUAGUGAUGAACAGUUACGAAUGGUAGAUGAUGCUUUUAGUAAACUAUGUGUAAUGAUUAAUGAUUUAUCAAUGCGUGUACGUACACAGGCAGCAAAAGGUCUUGGUGCUAUGACACUUGUCAGUCCACGUUUCCUACAGCAAACCCUUGAUAAGAAACUCAUGUCUAAUAUGAGGAAAAAGCGAUCUGCGCAUGAAAGAGCAUGGGAAUCUGUAACUUCUGGUGAAUGGUCUAGUGGGAAAAUGUGGGCUGACGAUGCUCCUCGAGAAAUGGUAGAUGCUGAAUCUGUUAGCCUGAUCAGUACUGGCUCUUGUGGUGCAUUUGUGCAUGGUUUGGAAGAUGAGUUUAUGGAAGUACGCAAUGCAUCAGUGGAAUCUUUAUGUCAACUCUCUCUGCAUCACCCACAGUUUGCAACUAUGUCUUUAGAUUUCUUAGUUGACAUGUUUAAUGAUGAGAUAGAAGGUGUGCGCCUCCGAGCUAUAGACAGCCUCACACGAAUCAGUCAGCACUGCCUUUUAAGAGAAGAUCAAUUGGAAACCAUUCUUGGGGCUCUAAAGGACUUUUCAGUGGAUGUGCGUGAAGGAUUGCACAAAAUGCUUGGUGCAUGCCGUUUAUCUAGUAAAGGUUGCUUACAAAUGUGUGUUGAAAGUUUACUGGAAAAUCUAAAAAAAUAUCCCAUGGAUCGUAAAUCUACAUGGCGUUGUUUACAACGAGUAGGUCAGGCACAUCCUGAAUUGACUCUAUCGUUAGUUCCAGAACUGCUAGCAAUUCAUCCUUUCUUAGACAUGCCUGAAGUAGAUGUGGAAGAACCAUCGUAUGUAAGUAUUUUGAUUCUUGUUUUUAAUGCUGCUCAGCAUUGCCCAACUAUGCUGCAACUCUUUGAAGAGAGCACCUUGAAGCAUUAUUGUUAUUUGCGUGAUACAAUGCCUUCGCUUGUGCCAGCGCUGAAGGUAGAUCGGAGUGUACGUUCUGCAGAGUUACGGCCAGUGAAUGAAAGUGCAGCUCGCUUUUUAGAUAGUAUGCUAGCUCGUUUAGAAGCAGCACCACCUGCUGGUCGGUUACGUGAAGAGCUGAUGCAAGCUGCACAGCGAGACCUUGAGCGCCUUGCAGCCAUUGACAGUAGUGUAAGUGGAGCUGCGCAUUUUGCUGCUGCCUUUGUGGGAUCUCAGUUACUAGCUUCGAAAGUAUUGGCAAAUCGAUUAUGGGCAAAUCCUGCUGCUCUUGCAACUCAUCAAGGACAUGUUGUGCGAGCUACUAUUGCCCAAUUGUUACAGCAUUGCCUUAAGUUGCAGUAUCUCUUCUUAGGGCUUGGGGAUCAGGAAGUCGGUGCUGUGCGUCAAUUCCGGUUGUUAGUGUUGGCUCUUCAACUUGUGUAUGUGGUGCGUGGAAGUAAUAGUUCUGCUCUUGCUCUGACGGAAUAUUUCUUAGAACAAUGUGAUGACACUGCCAAGUUUUUGAAUGAAAAGGGUUUGGUACCUGAGCCAUUUGUGGCUACAGCACUAAAGGAGUUGGCACAGUUGGAAGAUACAAAGCCAGGCCCUGUAGCACGCUGUUUACUUCCCAUAUUGCAGGCAGCAUCACCAGCUCCUCCUCCACGCCCUUCAAUUGCUGUGCAGAUGACUACAGCGGUAAUCUCUGAGCCUACAGGGGAGAUAGAUGCUGCUUUGAAAUUUACAGCUGGUCUGGUGAUGGGUGUCCCUCUGGAUGCCGAAUUACAACAUCUUAGAGACCCUUCUUCUUUGAGAAUUAAGGUGAAGUAUCCUGAUCAGCAAACUCAACUUCUAGUGCCAAAACGCCCUGAUCUACGACCUCUAGAAAAUGACGUCCUACCAACAGAGAGACAAGGACCAUCCACAUCUGUGUCGUCUGUAUUUGGCAUGGAUGUUGGUGAAAAUGCUAAGCCUGUUUCUACUUCAACCCCCACAGACUUCCGGCUCUUGACCACAGUUCUCAUCUCACACCAAGUGUGGACUGAAGCAUGUACUGUGGAUGUUAGUUUGGCUCUUGAUUUAACAGAACAGGAGGCAGGGCUGUUAGGACCUCCUGGAACAUCACGUCGUGGGGCAGGACUGCUGAAACCGGAUUUGGAACCAUGUGUAUUGGACUUGUGUAAACCUGUAAAGGUGUAUGUGUCUCCAAAGCCUGUCAAGAGAGGCAUUUAA